AUGCUUCCCGACUUUGCUGAACCCUGUAAAAAAAUUGGUCUUCGACUAAAUCUCACAAAAACGAAGUUCAUGAAGAACGGAAUGGUUUCGUACGAUCCAUUUAAGCUCAACGGAACCAGUAUCUCCGAAUGCUCCACUUAUGUCUAUCUUGUUCGGAAAAUCAAUAUGAAGAACGACUUAGCUUCGGAGCUGAGCAGAAAUAAACGAGCAGCAUCGGGAGCUUUCAAAAGCACCGAUGAUGUAGUGAAUAGAACAAGGAAUACCGGGCUCCGUGCCCACCUUUUCGACUCAACGGUGAUUUCUACCGUAAGGUAUGCACCAGGCAACUGGUCGCUGCGUACGCAGGAUGGCAAAUCACUCAGCGUAAUUGAAGGCGCAGUCGAAAUGACGAUGCUAGGAGUACCUGCGUCGCAGAAAUAA